AGCGUCGCCAACUGCCCCGGCGUCUGCGUCAACCACAACCGCAGCCCGCUGGUGCGCCGGCCCUCCCUGCACAUGGACACGGAGCUGUGGUACAACGGCAGCGACGUCUACGAGGCCUGGCGCCUGCUGCUGAGCGCCGGCACCGAGCUGGGCUCCAGCCCCACCUUCCGCUACGACCUGGUGGACGUCACGCGGCAGGCGGCUCAGCAGCUGGUGAGCGACUAUUACCUGAGCAUCCGCCGGGCCUUCCAGAGCCACGCGCUGCCGGAGCU